GACCUCCUCUUUCCUGUCGGAUCCCUAAUCCAAUCCAUUCUUUGCAUCGGCGACCUCCCGUUCCUCGGCGGUUUCUUCGAUUCGUCAACUAUACUCCACCCGCCCCGACCCUUCCUGCUCCUCAGCGAUUUCUACAUGCCGCUCGUCGUCCCCUAUCCUCUGUUGCGCUAAUCGUUCCGUUUGGGUUAGGCGUCGGUUCAAGUGCCGAGAAGAACAAAACGGUGAAUUACGGUGUUUGUCUGAUCUCCUUCUGCGUCGGGCAUGGAUGUUCAUGAUGGCUCGGGCGAUGAUCGGACAUUUAAGGUCAGUUUCAGUUCAGAAGGCUUAUCGAGGCUGCGUGAGAAGGUCAUGGGGAAGCUGAAGGAGUUCAUGGGCGAUUAUACGGAUGAUACCCUCGUGGACUAUGUUUUGGUUUUACUCAGGAAUGGCCGUCACAAAGAUGAAGCUAAGAAGGAACUGGAUGUCUUUUUGGGGGAGGAGACUGCAACUUUUAUCUCCUGGUUGUGGGAUCAUCUCUCGUCAAAUAUACACUUAUAUUUGCAGCCAGAACAGUCUAUUCCAGAUGAAGUGACUAAGUCUAAACAUGUUCCAUGCGAAUCUUCAGAGAGGCAGAAUGCUCAUGAACAUCAGACAGUUAAAGCUUCAACUGAUUCUAGCACUAGAAAUUAUCAUAGGAGAGGGUGGAAAAGUAAAACACAGGAGAGUAAUGGAACCUUUCCUCUUCACAGUGUUGUGACCAAUAUUCUGCAUGCGGAGGAGAAAGUGUCCAGACCUAAUAUUGACAGGCGAUUGCAUUCUCCUAUAGUCAAGAGUAAGAGAAAGCGAAACAGAGAUGAUGAACACACACAAGUACAGAGAGAUACAACCUCAUAUUCAACAAUUGGUGCUUCACGCCGGCUUCUUCAGUUUGCUGUUCGAGAUGCAGUAAAAACUGUGCAGCAGUCAAACUCUAAGGCUGAGCCAGCUUUAAAAAGAGUUUGCUCGGUAGUCUCAGCAGUUAGUACAGAUUCUGUGAUAGAAGCAAGAUCCCACAGAAGACCAGAGUCAAGAGGACUGGGUACUCUUUCAAUUGCUCUAAAAGCUGCUGCUGAAGCUGCUGAGGAUGCAACCAAGGUCAGGUUGGCCGGUAGUGUUUUUGAUAGAUUGGGUCAUAGCAAACAGAUGGAAGAGGAUGUUAAUCAGUUGUCAGUUCCCACUGCAUUAGAGCUCGAAGAUAGUGAGAUUGCUGCUACUGAUAAGGUUCCAGAACUACUUUAUUUGGAUCGCCCUUACAGAAAUGAGUAUGAUGACUUUGAUGGUAACAUGUCCAUAGUAAAGAAAGAGAUUCCUGUGCCUGCCGAAUGCACAUUAGAUAAUAAUGAAUACGGCAGUGGUAGUGUUAACCAACUUGGUCAGGAUUCUUUUCGAGGUAUUCCAUCUUGCAAAAAAAUCAAAUCUGUGAUGAUGCAGCCAAAUAUUGUACCGGAGUCUGAAGAAAUAUCAAAGAAAAGUAGGUUAUUGGAUCAGGAAAGAACUACUGGUUUAACAGUAAUGAGAUCUAAGAAGGUUGUAGAUAGUCCUGCUAAUGUAACACAGAAACAUACCCAUUAUCAAGUUUCUAGGGAUGAUGCCAAGCUGGAGAAUCAAGUAGCAGUAAAAAAGAGCACAGUUGGUGUAGGAAAUCAGAGUGCCAAGUUUCUAAAAGACAAUGAUGUUUUCCCAGCUCAGAAUAUAAAAGAAAUCGAUCAGGACUGCGAUCAAAAGGAAUUUACUCUGAAACAAUUAUCAGCUCCGGGUUCAUAUACUACUGGCCGACCUUCCGAGGAUGGAGAUUCUCGAACUCUAUUUGUUAGCAAUGUUCAUUUUGCUGCAACUAAAGAUACACUUUCCCGUCAUUUCAACCAAUUUGGAGACGUGCUUAAAGUAAUCAUAGUUACUGAUGCUACCACCGGUCAACCUACAGGAUCAGCCUAUGUUGAAUUCCUGAAGAAAGAAUCAGCAGAUUUAGCAUUGUCAUUGAAUGGUACUUCGUUUAUGUCCCGCAUCCUCAAGGUGGUACGCAGAAGCUCUCAUGAAGCGGCUCCAGUAUUAUCUUGGUCCUGGAUUGCUCGUGCGCCAGCAUUUGCUUCUAGAGUUGGCCGAAUGCCAUAUCCAAGAGGUACAUUUCCUGGCUCUUUUCGAGGGCAUCCCCCAAUUAAACCUGGAGCCAGGAGCUUGCAAUGGAAGCGGGAGACAUCCAUUUUGCAACCUAGUGAGGGAGCAAAACCUCCACUAACAUCAAAUGUCUCGUCGCGGACAGCAAGGAAUCUCACCUACACGCGGACUGAACCCACACCCAAAUCAGCUGGGCUUUCUAGUACCAUUUAAUGGAUCCAUCCAAGCAAGUGACAGUUUCCGCUAGAUUUUGCCUGUGGUUUGCUGUGCAAAACAAAAUGCUAGAGAAUCACGCUGGAGAUUAUUCAGUAUUAUGAUCAUGGCCACUUUGAGGCUCUGACUGAAGCUGCAAACUUUCAUAGAGCCCCCAUUUUUAUGCCCCUUGCGACGGACAUUCAAAAUGAGUAAUUGGUUUAUCCAAUUUUUAUCUUCUUUACUUAUUGAGUAGCAGCGCUGAUGUUUGUAAAUAUAUUGGAAUCUCAGCAAACGGUUCUUGGUUGCAGUAACCUAUUCCAUCGAUUUAUCUGAGCCUCCGGUUUCACAUUUCCUUUGAAUAAUUUCUUUGGCUAUGUAAACCUCGAACUCCGAUUUUAAGCUGUUGCUGGAUAUCAUUAGAAUCCAAAGCAUUCAAAGAUUCACUAUGGACAAUGACAAUAGUUUAAUUGAGCUUCAUAUGUA